AGCUGCUACAUAACAUCUUAGUAACAUAAGUUAUCUUGUUUUCCUAAAUCAAGAUAUAAGAAUUUGAUUUCGCUUUCUCGCAGAACAUAAAGACUGGACCAUCCUAAAUGCAACAGGAUUGGAAGGACAGUGCCAGUGGGCAAAAAAAAGUCAAAUUGCAAACAUGAAGACUGAGGCUCAGCCAGAAAGUUGCAAAAAACACAUCACUGAGGUGCUUAUGUGUUUCUGUAACAAACAUUUUAAAAGAUUGUGCAGUGCUAAUACAUAAAAACAGUAUCCUUGUCACAAGGUUAUGAAACUACUGACUGGAAGUUUGAAAGAUACGAAUCACUUCCUUUAAGUUUCUUUGGACUCAGGCUGUGUGUAUUGCUUUGUUCUUGAUGUAACUUAAAUAUAUGAACAAAAAGUGAAACAAGUCAAGAUGUCAUUCACACCAUCUCCAGGCAUGGCAACCACACCUACAAUGUCUGCAACAGAGAGUCCUCCACUUCAGUACAUGUCAGAAGAUGGAGACAGCAUUGACAGAAGUGAAACUAUGAAUAUGUCCCAGCUUGAACCCUUACCUCCUGUUGAUGCCCAACCAGUGAUGUACUGUGAACCAGCCUUUUGGUGCUCUAUUAGUUACUAUGAACUCAAUACUCGUGUUGGUGAAACUUUUCAUGCUUCACAGCCUUCUAUAACAGUAGAUGGUUUCACAGACCCAAGCAAUUCAGAACGAUUCUGUCUUGGACUGUUGUCAAAUGUUAAUCGUAAUGCAGUUGUGGAACAAACGAGACGUCAUAUAGGGAAGGGUGUUCGUUUGUACUACAUUGGUGGUGAAGUGUUUGCUGAGUGUCUAAGUGAUUCAUCCAUUUUUGUACAAUCACCUAACUGCAAUCAGCGGUAUGGGUGGCAUCCUGCUACAGUCUGCAAGAUACCACCUGGCUGUAACUUAAAAAUCUUCAACAAUCAGGAGUUUGCAGUGCUGCUGUCCCAGUCGGUGAGCCAAGGGUUUGAGGCUGUGUAUCAGCUAACUCGUAUGUGCACAAUUCGAAUGAGUUUUGUCAAAGGUUGGGGAGCUGAGUAUCGCCGUCAGACUGUCACAUCUACUCCUUGUUGGAUAGAACUUCAUCUGAAUGGUCCACUUCAGUGGUUAGACAGAGUUCUUACACAGAUGGGCUCACCAAGAUUACCUUGCAGCUCAAUGUCCUAAAAAAAAAUGAUGCACCCAUUAUAGUUGUGUAGGAUCCUGUGACCAGAGCCAGUUGUGUUUUGGUUCUACCUGAGAAGACCACUGUAACUGCGACUGAAAUGUUGGUUUUAUCAGUGACAGUUUUUAUAGUAUGAAAUGGUACCAUGCAUAGAAAACGCUCAUAGUAAUUAAUACAACCAGUUCUUCUGCAUGCUUUCAAUUUCUGGUUCCUGUGUUUUGUAGUGUAAAGGAUGUUAAACUUAAAAUGCUCGUGUAGAUGCAUACUUCAGAAUUUAUUUUUGUUGCUUUAUAAAUAUAUAUUUUGUUGUAUGUGUGAACUAUUUUAAAAACUCAUGUUGUGUGUAAAUUGUUACAAAUUAUAAUUUUUUUGUUCAUGAUGCCAUGGUUAUUUUCAACUAACCUGAAACUAAAAAAAGGCAUCAUUGUACUGCCCAGUAUGAAACAGAAGUUAUGUAGCAAUUCAUUGUGUAUGAAAAUUUAUUACAUCAAUAGUCACUUCAAUCUACAAAAAAUAUUCACAUUAGUGGUUUCAGCAAAUAGUUGUCAUCUUCAGAUGUCCUUAAUCCUCUGAAAAGCUUCGUACAGCCAAACAAAUGUAGUUAGGCACUUUGAACGUCAUGAAGUUACUUAACGAUUCAAUGAAUGUACAUCAUUUCACCACAUUAUAAAAAAUUCACUCUUUUACCAUGUGACAAUAUGACGUGCAGUCAUUGAAAUGUUAAAUAAUUUUAUGAAGGAAGUGUUUGUCUGUAUGAAGCCUUUUAGUUGAUUAAGCACAUCUGAAGAUGGUAACUGUUUGCCAUACAGGUAAUUUGAAUAUUUUGUUUGUGACUGUGCAGUUGUUGACAUAAUAAAUUUUUAUACAAAUAUUACAAAUGUAACAUA